AUGAAUCAAGGAUUAACCAUUAGUCAAGAGAUUGCUGUUCAACCAGCCAAGACAGCCGUAUACUUUACCAGCGAGGAUAGUAAUAGCUUGCAUGCACUGUUGGAGCAAAACACAUUCAAGCAACAAGCACAAGAGGUCAAGGCAAUCCUCCAAAACGAGCGUCUGCUCGAGGCAUCACGUGUCGACCCCGAAGUCGACUGGUUCUACUGCAAGUUGGGUAUCGACAGCAACUACUUUGAGUCUACACCAGCUGUUGUCAUUGCCCGUCACAUCCUUUCGUUGUACGCCGCCAAGAUGGUCAGUCACGCCACCGGCGCCAAACUCGAGGUACAAUUGCAAAGCAAGACCGAGGGUAGUGCCACCUUUAUCUCACCAUCCAACCCGGGCAAACGUGACUCUCCAGCCAUGUUGAUCGAGCAGUACAUCGAGUCACAGUACUUUGGCGAAGGGUAUCAUGACGAGACCCCACAACAACAAGCACCCGUCACUUUUGCCACUACUCUCAACUCGCCCAAACCACCUGCUUCCCUGCCACCCCACGGAUACCGUCUUGCAUGUUACCGUACCACCGGUACCGUGUCGAGUCAGUCUCCCGUCCACCUCCGUCUCUACUACCUCACCAAACCCAUCUUCCCACAAUCCGAGACACCCGUCUCGACCACCGAAGCCGAUCUCGCCAAGAUUGGAGAUCUCCAGUUCCUCGAGCGUUCCUCAGAGGCCACCAAAAAGAUCUACCAAGAGGUCAUGAACGAGGUCGUCCACAAGCUCGGCCCAGUCAUCAAGCACUACCCCUACCAAACCAACGGCUCGCGUCUCGUCGUUGCCUACCGUCGUGGAUCCACCCACUCCUACUGGUCUGCCAUCUCUGAGCUCUACCACUACCACCAAAUGUACGCCACCCACAAGUACGUCGAACAAUUCUCCAAUGGUAUCGUCAUCUAUUCCAUCUAUCUCCGUCCCCUCAAGCCUGAAGUUGACAUCAACACCCUUAUUGGAAAGAUUGCUGAACAAGCAUCAAUUGUAUAUGUAUUACCAAGAACAUCACUUACAUCAUUAUUCUUGUCACAUCAAUUAUCAUUCCCAGAGGUUACUUAUGCAUAUGUUGGAUGGAAGUUUGCCUACCAAUUUUUGAAUCGUUAUGCAACAGAGUAUAGUGCAUUGGCACAGGCUAUUGGCGACGAUUCGACCAAGCAGUCAAUGUUGGCCCAACUCAAGACACGUCUCUCCAAGGACACCUUUACUGAGGGUCGUGUACGUGACGCCAUCAUGCAAUACCCAGAGUUGAUCCGUCAGUUGUAUGGUGACUUUGAAAAGUUCCAUUUCAAGGGUACCAAGGGAGGUGCUAGCAAGUACGACGUUGAGCACGGUGCCGACAUUAUCCACACGAUCAAACGUACCGUCAACAACGAGUUGGACGCCCAAAUCUUUACCGCCAUCCUCCAAUUCAACCGUCAUUUGCUCAAGACCAACUUUUACAAGACCACCAAGACUGCCCUUGUCUUCCGUCUCGACCCAGGAUUCCUCUCCAAGCAAGAAUACCAAAACACCCCAUUCGCAGUGUUCUUUGUCGUCGGUUCCGAGUUCCGUGGUUUCCACAUUCGUUUCCGUGAUAUUGCACGUGGUGGUAUCCGUGUGAUCCGUUCGCAAAACAUGACUCAAUACGAUCACAACAGCAGCUCGUUGUUUGACGAGAAUUACAAUCUUGCAUCGACCCAGCAGUCCAAGAACAAGGACAUUGCCGAAGGUGGCAGCAAGGGCACCGUGCUCCUGUCGGCCGACCAUCAGUCCAAGGCCGAGGUCGCCUUCCGCAAGUACAUUGACGCGUUGGUCGACGUGUUGUUGCCCAACGACGAGAUUGUCGAUCAUUUUGGUCGUGAGGAGAUCCUCUUCCUCGGACCAGACGAAGGUACUGCCGACUUUAUGAACUGGGCAUCUGAGCAUGCCAAGCAACGUGGUGCACAUUUCUGGAAGGCCUUUACCACCGGCAAGAGUCUGUCCAAGGGUGGUAUCCCACACGAUCUCUACGGUAUGACUACUCGUUCCAUCCAUCAAUAUGUACUUGGUACACUCGCCAAGCUCGGCCGUGACGAGAGCGCCUGCACCAAGUUCCAAACGGGUGGUCCAGACGGUGACCUCGGAUCCAACGAAAUCAAGAUAUCCAAGGACAAGACGAUCGGCAUUGUCGACGGGUCCGGAGUACUCUACGAUCCAGUCGGUUUGGACCGUGCAGAGAUCACUCGUCUUGCCGGCAAGCGUCAGAUGGGCCGUUACUUUGACAAGUCCAAGUUGUCGGCCCAAGGCUUCUUUGUCGACGUUCAAGACAACGACGUCAAGUUGCCCAGCGGCGAGAUUGUCGAGAGUGGCUUAAUCUUCCGUAACAACUUCCAUCUCAACCCAUUGUCGUCGGCCGAUAUCUUUGUGCCAUGCGGCGGUCGUCCCGAGUCGGUCCAACUCGUCAACGUCAACACGUUGUUCACCAACAGCGGCGAAUCACGUUUCCCAAUCAUCGUCGAGGGUGCCAACCUCUUCUUUACGCAAAAGGCCCGUCUCAUGCUCGAAGAAAAGGGCGCCAUCAUUUUCAAGGACGCCUCGGCCAACAAGGGAGGUGUCACCUCGUCUUCGCUCGAGGUGCUCUCUGCGCUCGCACUCAACGACGACGAGUUCAAGGAACACAUGUGUGUCAAGGACGGCCAAGAGGCCCCCGCCUUUUACCAAGCCUACAUCAAGGACGUGCACCACACCAUCGAAGAGAAUGCCCGUCUCGAGUUCCAGUGUAUCUGGGCCGAGCAUGAAAAGACAAAGACCUCGCGUUGCAUCCUCUCGGAUCUCAUCUCCAACAAGAUCAACCACCUCAACGACGCCAUCCAAGACUCGCCACUCUGGGACAACCAGUCGCUCAAGAAGCGUAUCAUCUCAGAGGCCUGUCCCAAGGUUCUCUUGAAUCUCUUGGGUGUCGACAAGAUCAUCGAGCGUGUCCCCGUCCCAUACGUCAAGGCCAUCUUUGGCAGCUACCUCGCCUCUCGUUUCGUCUAUGAAUGUGGUUUGUCCAAUUCUGAAUUUGCUUUUUAUACCUUUAUUCAAAAAUUACUCUAA